UCCCUUAGUGGCCAACAUGGCAUAUGCCCGUGCACCAGACUUUGCGCUGAAGAUUGGGCCAUGGUCAUUCUUUUGCUUUUGCGGUGCUGCUGAAUUUAGGGAACCUGAGAUUGAGCAGCUAGAUGACGACAGGGCCUUCGAGCCUCUAGAGAGGCCAUGCUCUUUGAACAAUCUUCACGAUGAAGAGCAGGGACAGCUGGAGGACGCCUUGCCCAACUUCUCUGGAGAAUGGCUCUUGGUGAAGGCCGAAGGAGACUGGGAUUCAUUCCUCAAGGAAAUGGACGUUGGAUAUAUGACACGGACCAUGGUCCAAGCAAUGGGCUAUGGUGUUGGAGUCAUGAAGCAGAUCGUUGAGCACCAGUCGAACGAAUUGAAGGUGACAUUGAUCUCCCCAAAGGGGACUUCAACUUCGACCAUAGUCAUCAAUGGAGUAGAGCAAGAGUCAGUCGACCCUAUGGACGGCAAAAUGGUCAAGGUUGUGCCUUGCUGGAGGGGCAACGCUUUAGAAGUGAAGUCGAGGUGGGCGGACACUCUCAAAGAGCUGCCGGUGAACCGUCGAUUUUUGAAAGGCCCGCAAAUGAUUAUUGAAUCCACAACAGCAAGCGGCUUGGUCGUGAAACGAGUUUUCGAAGCAAAAGAAAAAGGCCAUGCCCCGCGCAGUCUGUUUUCGGUGGUAGACAUGGUGGCAUUGACGGGGUUGGCAAAAUGA